UGCAGUGCGCACACACUUCCUGAUGGAGCUGCUCCUGCGAAGAAUAAAAAUACACUCCUAGCAAGCUAGCUAGACGAGUUAUGAAAAAGUUAUGUUUCGCUAUCAAGUGGAUAGAGAAAGAAUAUUUUUAGAAAUGGACGUUAUUCUUCGGUUUUCCGUACAUGAAUAGUAGAAAAUAUCCCCAUGUCCAGAGAGCCGGCACUGGUGACAAGUCAACUGCGAAGGUGAGUUACUAGCUGACGUUAGCUAGUAAUGUCUCUAACGUUGCCAUCCGCCGAUAUGCUUGAAACACCUCCUGGAUACCCAUUUGAAGAAAUAAACUAUGAGGACAUUGAAGUUGAGGAGGUGGUGGGCAGAGGAGCUUUUGGGGUUGUUUGCAAAGCCAAAUGGAAAGGCAAAGAUGUUGCAAUCAAGACCAUUGAGAGUGAAUCAGAGAGGAAAGCCUUUAUUGUUGAGCUCCGGCAGCUUUCACGUGUGAAUCACCCCAACAUUGUGAAGUUGUAUGGUUCUUGCAAUAGUCCUGUCUGCCUGGUGAUGGAAUAUGCUGAAGGCGGGUCAUUGUAUAAUGUGCUGCAUGGUGCUGAACCCCUCCCCUAUUACACUGCUUCCCAUGCCAUGAGCUGGUGUUUACAGUGUUCCCAAGGCGUGGCCUAUCUCCAUGGCAUGAAACCAAAGGCUCUCAUUCACAGGGACCUCAAGCCACCCAAUCUACUUCUAGUGGCAGGCGGCACCGUGUUGAAGAUAUGUGACUUUGGAACAGCUUGCGACAUUCAGACCCACAUGACCAACAACAAAGGAAGUGCAGCAUGGAUGGCCCCAGAGGUAUUUGAAGGCAGCAAUUACAGCGAGAAGUGUGAUGUGUUCAGCUGGGGGAUCAUUCUCUGGGAGGUGAUCACUCGCAGGAAGCCCUUUGAUGAAAUUGGAGGACCAGCUUUUCGCAUUAUGUGGGCUGUGCACAACGGUACAAGACCUCCUUUAAUCAAAAAUUUGCCCAAGCCCAUCGAGAGUCUGAUGACUCGCUGCUGGUCUAAAGACCCCUCUCAGCGGCCUUCCAUGGAGGAGAUAGUGAAGAUCAUGACUCAUCUAAUGAGGUACUUCCCAGGAUCUGAUGAACCCCUGCAGUAUCCAUACCAGUACUCAGAUGAGGGACAGAGCAACUCAGCAACUAGUACAGGUUCAUAUCUGGACUACACUGGCACCAGCACAAGCAACAAAAGUGAUGCAAACAUGGAGCACAGUGAUUCUCAAGGGAGCAACGACACUAUCAAGAUUACCCCUCAGUUUGCGCCUCACUUCAAGCCAAAGGGAGACCCAUUGAGGACUCUGCCUUUGUCCAGGGGGGGCAGCGUUGAGAGUCUGCCUGCACGGACUCAGUGCCUGGCAUCAUCUGACAGCAAAAGAAUGAGUACUGACUUGUCAGAGCUGGAGCCCAAGAUGCCAUUUGCACCUGCAGCACGCCCACAGUAUAAACGAGGCCACCGUAAAACCGCGUCAUUCGGCACCAUUCUGGAUGUCCCCAAGAUCGUCGUCACAGCCACAUGCGAACCUCAGAGGCGUCGCUCCGUGCAGGAUCUGCCAGGCAUCAGCACAGAGUCCAGCCAGGGGAGCAGGAACAGCAGCCGGUCCUCCAGUCCGAGCGUGAGGAUGAUGCCACCCGAUAAGACGAGCGGCAGAGGUUACUUCUCUCCUGAGGAUCCCACAGACACCAACGGCUCAGACAAUUCCAUUCCCAUGGCGUAUCUCACCCUGGAUCACCAAUUACAGCCCCUCGCUCCCUGUCCCAACUCCAAAGAGUCCAUGGCUGUGUUUGAGCAGCACUGCAAGAUGGCCCAAGAAUAUCUGAAAGUGCAGACCGAGAUCGCCCUGCUGAUCCAGAGGAAGAAGGAGCUCAUUGCUGAACUGGACCAAGAUGAGAAGGACCAGCAGAACACAUCCCGUCUGGUGCAGGAGCACAAAAAGCUGCUGGAGGAGAACAAGAGUCUGUCCACAUACUACCAGAAGUGCAAAAAACAGCUGGAGCUGAUCCGGGUCCAGCAACAGAAGAGACAGGGCACGUCGUGAUGAGACACAGACAUAUGAGCCACUACCACCCCUCCCCCCCCCCUCCCCCCCCGGCCCCCUGCACUAUAACACUACCCACUCUCAUGCUCUGUGCGCACACUCACACUCACACACACACACACAUACAUUACACUAUUCCCAGUCCGGCUUUGUAAAGAGACCUGCAUUCUACUGUGUCCUCGCAUGUUGCAUUUCGACCCGUUCUUCUUCUGUCCAGCCGGAAGACGUCCUCUGUACAUACAUUUGCACAUCCUCACAGUGUAUUCUGUGACCGCAGACCAAACAAUCACUGCACGCCGUCCUGAUCAGACGCCCGGACGCCGCCUCAGCGCAUCAGGACAGACCUUUUCUCCGGUGGCGGCGCGCGUCUCUGUCGAGCUGAGAGCCGCACCGUCCUCCAGAAUGUGAAAACCAGGACAAGAGGCUUAUCAGCAACAAGUGUGACAUAAAACACACACACACACACACACACCCAUUAAAUCAACAUAUUUAUCUCUAACCUCUCCCUUUUCUGAUCAGUGAGCAUGAGCCCCUUCCACAGGCCGCCGUGCCUGUUUAACUUCCUCAAGGUGAUGUACUCCGUUCAGAGGGAGGAUGGGAUGUGUGCACUUCAUGUCAGACGUCACAGUUAAAGGAACUGCUCGGGGUCUGCAAGCGUUGAUGAUCUGCUCACGCUCUUAAAAAAAAAACACAACUAUUCUCCAGAGCAAACACAGAGAGCUGUGGACUCCCUUUUUAUUUUGACUUCAGUAUUGUUUUUUUUUUCCCUCUUUCUUUCUUUGCGUGUAGAUGUUUUCGUCUUUUCUAUUCAGUAGUUCACUUUGUAUGAUAGCUCUUGUGUCUUCUUUUUUUUUUUUUUUUUUUUUUUUUUGGAUUAGGACAUAUUUUAUCUGGUCUGGGAAUGCCCUCUCAUUCCCUAUACAGUAUCUAGUUUGUUUUUAGUUCACAUGUUGCCUUAGAAGUUGCCUGCAUUUUAAGUGCUUGUUUUAUGUAACAUUUAGCGGGGGAUAAAAUCUGCAAAAAAAAAGAAAAAAAAAAAAGGAUAUUUUUAUUGUAAUGGACAUUGAAUGAAAUUCUUUCCGGCAGGAGGAGGGGCGGGGGGCGGGGCUGAGAGGAAUGAAUGUCUGUAAGCUGAUAAUGUAAAUGUUUCCCACCAGCUUCACAUCCGAAACAACGGAGUGUAACUCAAAAAUAAGGAUUCAGUGUCAUAUAUAUAUAUAUAUAUAUAUAUAUUUUUUUUUUUUUUUCUUGGUCUCUUAUCCCUCAAAUAUUUUUGCACAAUCACCUUUUCUUUUUUUUUUUUUUUUUGUUUUCUCCAUCCGGUCAUGUACAAAUUUUAUUUCUCAUUUAGACAAUUGUGUUUUUAAAAGUUCGAGACUUAGCAAGUCUUACUUUUAAAACUUACUGACCAGGAGGGAACUGUCAGCGUUUCCCCUCAGGAGUUUUGCCUCAUUUACCACACACACACACACACAACACUGUUUCUAAGUGUUGCCUAAAUUAUUGGGAAAUGAGGUACAGUAUAUGACAUUGAGUAAGGCUUUAUGAAAUAAACUGAAUGGUGAAAAGA